AUGGCUCAUCCCCGUGCAUCAACUCAGUCUCAACGUUUCGCCCAGUUCAAGCUUGUCCUUCUUGGCGAAUCUGCUGUUGGAAAGAGUUCGUUGGUACUCCGUUUCGUGAAAGAUCAAUUUGACGACUACCGGGAAUCUACCAUCGGUGCUGCGUUCCUGACGCAAACUAUCGCCCUCGAUGAGACCACUACUAUUAAGUUUGAGAUCUGGGACACUGCUGGCCAGGAGCGUUACAAAUCACUGGCGCCCAUGUACUACCGUAACGCCAACUGCGCAGUAGUUGUCUACGAUAUCACACAAGCUUCUUCACUAGAUAAAGCAAAAGCCUGGGUCAAGGAGCUCCAGCGACAAGCAAACGAAAACAUAGUAAUCGCCCUCGCCGGUAACAAGCUCGAUCUUGCAUCCGACCCAUCAAAACGAGCUGUUGAAACCGCAGAAGCCGAGGCCUACGCACGGGAAGCAGGUCUCCUGUUUUUUGAGACCUCGGCAAAGACUGCAGAGAACGUGAAGGAACUCUUCACGGCCAUCGCAAAGAAGCUGCCUCUCGACCAGCAAGGCCCUAGAGGCGGUCGCGCAGGUGGUGCGGGCGGGCGAGGAGUUGAUCUGAAGGGCGGAUCAGCGGCGCAGCAGCAAGGAUGUAAUUGUUAA